UGAUAUUAAUUUCAAGGAGCAAGUCUCGUGUGACGAAAAAAAAGUCACUUUAGAGGAGUCUGUCGAGACCAUAGUCCACAUCAUCAUGGACCUUGCAGCACGGAAAAGAAAAGAAGAAUCAAAAUCGUCUUCUUAUGAUUUUGCUGAAAAAUUAAGCAUGGGAAAAGAAGAUUCCUUAGAACUAACUGAAAAAGGAGAAGUAAUGGAGGAAGUCUCCAAAGAAAUAAUCAAAUUUGAUGAAGAGAAGACUGGUGAUGACGAUAGAUAUUCGUGGGAAAGCGAAUCGGUGAAAGAUGACGAUGAUGAUAAAGUAAGAAGACUCGACACUUCAAAGAAAACGAAAUAUAAGGUUGUAAAAAAUACCACAGCUUCUGUAGAUGGAAAGAUUAUUGGUUAUUCGGACGUGUGCCAGAUUGUAAAUGGCAAAUGUUUAGAAAAUACUCUUAUUGAUUUGCUAAACGACUUGGAAAAUGCUAUUCAUGAACUAUUAAAAAUGAAGUAUCCCGUUAAUAUGGAUCCUGUAACAUACGCGUACAAAAUCCUUUGUCUGAAUUUAGGAGGAGUAACGACAGACGACAAAGGAUACAUAAUUGAAGCAAAAGCCGUACGUUUACUAUAUCCGACGGACGAAUCGAAUGCAAGUAAGAAAAUGUGGAAUGAAGAAUGGAAAACAGCAGUUUACAACAAGUUAAAAGAUUAUACUUUCGAGCAUAUUAAAACAUUUCCUGAACCAAUCGAGUCUUCCAUUUUUGAACUAAAACGCAUUUCACAGGAAUUAGUGUCUUUGAUUAGCGUGGCUGUGGUCGUAGUGGCCAUUUUCUCCAUGGUGACGAACAUGACUAACAAUUGGGUGAAAUCCAAACCCUGGUUGGGCGUAGCUAGUGUCGUAUCCGCCGGUUUGGCUGUGGCUACCACUUUUGGAUUAUUAUCCGCCUGUGGAGUAGAAAAUCUUCGGUGGAACGUCAGUCUUCCUUUCAUGAUUCUUGCUACGGAAGUGGACGACUCGUUUGUCGUAUUGGCUUGUUGGAAGGUGACAGACUGCAGUGACAGCGUGGAAAAGCGAAUGGAACAGACGUAUCGCAACGCAGCAGUGUCCAUCACCAUAACGUCUCUAACGAAUUUCUUCUCUUAUUGCGUUGCCAUAACAUCACCAUUCCCGGAAACUAUUGGACAAACUGACUGUUACAAAGAAGAAAGUAUAUGCGGUGUUAUGUCCUUAAAGGAGGGGCUGAAUGUGUACAAAUUCAAUUCAGACAGUUCUGAAAUUACACAGGGAUUUCAUGUUUUCUAUGAAUAUUUUACCCAAUACCCUUUCACGGUGCACGUCGUAAUUAACGAAACUUUAGAUUAUUCUAAUCCACGAGUUCAAGAGUCAGUUAAUGAUUUUAUGAAAAAAUUUCACACUAUUGAAAAUAUAGCCGGAUACGAGUACGAAUUUUCUUGGUUAAAAUAUUAUAAGGUAUUUGAAAAUCAUUCUAUUUCGAAAUAUUCUUUAAGGGGUUACGAUCUGUCUCAGAAACAGGAUUUCAUGGAUGCUCUUAGAAACGUCUUCUUGAAAUUUUUAGAAACCAAGCAAUUUGAGAAUGACAUUAUCUUCAAUCACAAUUACACUGAUAUUGUCGCCAGUCGUUUCUUUUUUUUAGCGAAAAAUGUUUCGGACAGAGUAACGGAAUUCAAAAUAGUAAACGAUUUAUCGAGAAUAGCCGAAGAAGCGCCAUUUUCUGUUGUAAUCCAUACAGUAAUAACUCCUAUGGCCGAGCAAGGAAUCGUUAUCAGACAGAUAACGUUUCAACUGUUUUGGAUCACUUCCUUGUUAAUCUUUGGAAUUUUUAUUUCUUUAAUUCCGAAUUUGCAUUGCGCUGUUAUCGUCGCUAUCUGUGUCGUGUCCAUCACCGUGCAGACGAUUGGAUUCAUGUCUUUAUGGGCAAUCAAUCUAGAUAUCGUGUCUUUGAUUAGCUUGACUCUCUGCAUCGGGUUUUGUGUUAAUUAUCCCACUCAUAUAUGCUAUUCUUUCAUUACUUCAGCACAAGUAACGACUGAAGAAAAGUUAAAGGAUAGUUUAUAUCACGUAGGUUUCCCGUUAAUUCAAGGGGCAAUUUCUACUGGAUUAGUAUUGUUAGUCAUCGCCUAUUAUAAUACAUUUGUAUACACUACUUUCGUUAAAAUCGUUUUCAUAAUUGUACUGCAAUCAGUAUUUCACGCAUUACUUCUUAUUCCUACAAUAAUCUCGAUAAAUUCGCUCUGUUCAAGAGCGUAUCAAAAACGCCGAGCAUCCAUGCCUUUUGGAUGCACAUAG